AUGUGGAUUUCUUUUGUAUUGAUAGGAAUUGCAUUUUCUGCGCCACUCUCAGAUCUUGUUAAGAACCAGCCAGGUCUUCCUGAGCCAGCAAAUUUUGAUACAUAUUCAGGAUACUUAGACAUCCCAAACUCAAAUGGGAAGUCAUUGCAUUAUGUUUUAGUCGAAAGCCAGUCAAAUCCUGCAACUGAUCCCUUAGUUCUCUGACUUAACGGCGGUCCAGGGUGUUCUUCCUUAGAUGGCUUUAUAUAUGAGCAUGGCCCAUUUGUUUUUCCAGACUCAGGAACAACUCUUUUUAAAAAUCAAUAUUCAUGGAAUACCAAUGCAAGUGUUAUUUAUCUAGAGUCUCCUGCAGGAGUAGGGUUUUCUAUUCUAGGCGACAUAUCUAAUAAUAGCACAGACGAUGAAAUUACAGCCCACGAUAGUUUGCAAGCGAUUUUACAAUUUUUCCAAAAAUUCCCUGAGUAUAGAUAUCAUGAUUUUUAUAUCACUGGGGAAAGUUAUGCUGGAAUUUAUGUCCCAACAUUGGCUUAUAAUGUACUUAUGUACAAUUCUUAUAGCCAUCAUAACAGUAUCAAUUUGAAAGGUAUUGCAGUUGGAAAUGGAGCUUGCGAUUGGAAUGUUGACACAACGCCUGCAUAUAUGAAAAUGGUCUGGAAUCAUGCUCUAAUAGGAUACGACUGGUAUAAUAAGUUAGUAAAUGACUGCGAUAAUUUCAAUGAAUGGACUAGUGAAGCAUGCCAAAACGACACAAACUAUAUACAAAACGUGUUGUUAAAUAAUGUGAAUAUUUAUGAUAUAUAUGGAGAGUGCAUUUAUCAUGGAAAUGAGCAAGCUUAUGAAGACAACCAGCGAAGGCUCAGGUUCUUAAAAGACCUCAACACAGGACUUGAAGUCAUUCCUCCUUGCUGUGCAUGGGAAGGGGCUUAUCAAUAUUUCAGAAGUACUGCGUUCAAAACUGCAUUUAAUAUCCCUCCAGAGGCUCAGGUGUGGGAAUUUUGUGCUAAUCUUGAUUAUAGUUCUGAUUAUUUGCAUGGAUCUUAUUAUACUUAUCCAUUUUUGAUAAGGGCAGGACUGAGGAUUUUGAUUUAUUCAGGAGAUGUUGACGGAGCUGUAUCUUUUAUUGGGACGAGAGAGUGGAUAAAUAAUUUGCAGCUAGAUGUGAAGACUCCUUAUUCGUCUUGGUAUGUGGAUGAACAAGUAGCUGGGUAUUUUAUUGAAUAUGAAGGAUUAACGUUUGUGACGGUUAAAGGGGCUGGACAUAUGGUGCCGCAGUGGAAAAGACCACAAGCAUGGCAUAUGAUUAAUUCGUUUUUAAGUGGAGUUAAUCCAUAA